ACAUGUCAUAGAAAAUCCCUCACCUUACCCUGCUGUCAGGGUGAGAGCUUUCAAAGUACGCACAGUUACAUUUAUUUUUAAUUCUGAAUGGGUAAAUAAUGCUAUCGUAUGAGAUGAAAAACAAGAAAUUCUGCAUUGUGAAAGCAAAGGUUUCACCAUCUGGACUGAAAAGAAGCAUCUGCGCUAAAACAAGCAAUAUCUCUGCGAUGGGCCACAAUCAGAAGAUCAAAUGGUUAAUGUGCAUCGCUUCUGUCAUUACCUUCAUCUAUCUAUUAUAUUGCACCUACGAGACAGGCAAAACCUUCCACCAUUGGAUCAAAUACAAUGAAGCAAUAGCAAGUCCACCAAUCGUAUAUGAACUACAUGUGACUCCCAACAGUAGUCCAGAACAUGCUGUUCCUCUGGGACCAUACACAUCUCUGGCAGCAGUUAAAGGGACAAAGACUCUACUGAUAUCAGCAUAUCUCGAACAUCGCACAGACGAAAAGCAGGUUCGUGUCAUUGCAGUGGUGCUGCGGCGUGAGAACGUAGCCUAUCGCUGUCUCUUUCGUUGCCAGGAGAAGCAGCUUCUCUCUAAUGGUUCUGCCAGCAUCCACAGGGAUCACUUCGGUUUUGCCUAUGGGACAGCAGACAUCAUGUGCCCCCUCCCCUCAGGCUGUGAGACACCAUCUUCGAUUGCUGUGACCUCUGCUGCUGCCAAUACUACAGAUGAUCCCAACCAAGAGUUUUUAGAGGUGAAGAACCAGCAGGAGAAGACAGAAUCUUUUCCUUACAACUUCACCGUCUGCAUCUCCACCAUGUUUGAUUUUACCAACGUGCUCCAGUUGGUACAGAGUCUUGAGAUGCUGCAGUUACUGGGAGUGAACAGAGUGGUUGUCUAUAAAACCAGCUGCAGUCCUGAAACACAAAGAAUACUGGACUACUACACACACAAAGGUUUAGUGGAGGUGAUUCCUUGGUCUCUGUCCAGAUAUGUGAACGUGUCUCGUAGCUGGCUGCCUGAACAUGGUCCUGGUGAACUCCACUACUUUGGUCAGAUUCCUGCUCUCAAUGACUGCCUUUACAGAUACAUGUACCAGUCCAGAUAUGUGGCUCUACAUGAUAUAGAUGAGCUCAUACUGCCCCAGAAAGUCACCAGCUGGGUAGAGUUGUUGCCGCUGUUGGAGAAGAAAUAUGGUGCCAACAAGUGCUACAGGUUUGAGAAUCACGUGUUCCCCAUCAAUUUCACAUUGUCUCCUCCGGCCUCCCAAAGUCUGCCACCACAAGCAGACUGGAAGAAUGUUCCUGGUGUGAACAUCUUGGCUCACCUCUACAAAGAGCCAGUUUUUAUAGAGACUCGCAGUAACUUCAAGGUCAUUGUCAAUCCCCGAGUUGUGUUUUCCACAUCUGUUCAUGGGGUGCUGAAGUCACAGCAUGGCUGCACCUGGAUUGGCUGGAACAUAGCACGGAUGUACCACACAAGAUCUCCUAGACAAAUACACCUGACAAAAGAAAAGUUAAUUUAUGAUGGGAGACUGCUGAACUACAGCACCCACUUCACACCAGCUGUGAACAAAGUGCUGAGAGAGACUGGACUCCUACCAAGCACAGACUCGCUGUGAGAAACUUUCUGCUUGAACAAAUGUCAAGACUUUUCUGCCCAAUACCUCUUUCAAGCUUUAUCUCUGGAGUAUGACUUUAUUUUUGUGUCAAGAAAACAGAAAAAUACAUGAACGCUUCCAUGUAAGCACUGGACAAGAUGAUGGGCCAAAGACAAGCCAAUAAUAAUAAAAAAAAAUCAACAGUUCACAUACUGAGGAAGGCAAUAUUAUAUUUUUACUAGCCAUUGAAACCUCAGAUGAAGAAAAUAGUAAAUAAUAAAUUAAAGAAAUAAAAACAAUAUAAUAAUACAUAUAAUA